UUUUUCUCCAACAGUGUUCCAUCUCAGUUCGUUUUACCUUCGCCUAUGUCUUCUCUUGUAGAGACGAAGAAAAAGUGAGACAAAACAAAAGCAAACAGAACCUGGCUUUGGCGAUCGGGUUUAUAAACCAAAAAAACCGCACCGCGAGGGCGAAGUGGAAGAGAGAAAGGGUCUCGUAGAAAGGGCAUUGCCGUAAUUUCCCAAACGACCCUCUCUCUUUCUUCCUCAUGUUCACAUCCAACCACUUGAACAGCAACACCAUCAACAGCAACAGCGACACCACCUUUCUCUCCGUUGGUGGCGGUGGCAAGUGCAAGUUCUGGUUAAUGGCGGCUGUGGCCUCGCCCUCUACUCCGGCGGUGGUUUUCACCGCUCUCGCCGGCGUCGCCAUCGUCGCCGUGAUUUUCUACGGCGCCAGUAGGGGCCGGCUUAAAUCACCAUGGUCACAAAGGAGAAGAAAACACGUUCUGUCAUCUCAUCAAUGGAAAUCCUUGUUUACAGAAGAUGGUAAAUUCUUUGAUGGUGGAAAUAAGUUCCUGAGAAGAGUGCGCAGUGGAGGUGUUGAUCCUAGUAUUAGGGCUGAGGUUUGGCCAUUCUUGCUUGGAGUGUAUGACUUAGGCAGCACCAAGGGUGAAAGAGAUGUUAUAAGAACUCAAAAUAGAAAGCAGUAUGAGAAACUCCGCAGACAAUGUCGGAGACUCAUCAAGCAAAGUAAUGAGCAAAAUAAGUUAAAUGAAGUCGGUGAAAUCAGCUUUGAGGGAGAUGGUAAACUUCUGUCUCAAGAUUCUGGUUCUGCCAGUUCUGAUGAUGCAGCCAGUGCUAGGGAAUCUCUUUCUAGUGAGGAUAGAAGCUCUGAUGUUGACCGUUCUGACAAUCUGUCCAGUGCCCUGUUGGAAGGAGAAGAUGUGAAUAACGCUAAUGCCUCUACAUUGGAUACUGAUUUCUCUGAUUCAGACUCCUCUGAAGGUCCUGAAGUAAUUCAGGCAGUUCCUUCUGAUGAUGUUAAGGAACGUAACAAUCCAGACAAAGCUUCCCAGGAAGUAUCUUCUAUCACAAAAGCAAAAAUCCCAUCAAAGGCACCAACCAAUGAAGAUUUUUCCACCUGGCAACGAAUCAUCCGACUUGAUGCAGUACGUGCUAAUGCUGAAUGGAUGUCAUGUUACCCAUCUCAAGCCUCGGUAUCAGAAAGUAGGGCACGUCGAAGUGCUGAGGCUGUUGGCUUGAAGGACUAUGGUCACCUAGAGCCUGGCAGAAUCUUCCAUGCUGCUCGACUUGUUGCUAUUCUUGAAGCAUAUGCUCUCUAUGAUUCUGACAUUGGCUACUGCCAAGGUAUGAGUGACCUGCUAUCUCCUAUAGUUAGUGUUAUAUCAGAGGAUCAUGAGGCUUUCUGGUGUUUUGUUGGAUUCAUGAAGAAGGCACGGCAAAAUUUUAGGCUUGAUGAAGUGGGUAUUCGCAGGCAACUGGAUUUAGUUGCAAAAAUAAUCAAGUUUAAGGAUGCCCACCUUUUUAGGCAUUUGGAAAAGCUUCAGGCUGAGGAUUGUUUUUUUGUCUAUAGAAUGGUGGUGGUAAUGUUUCGAAGGGAAUUGACAUUUGAACAGACCCUUUGCCUAUGGGAAGUGAUGUGGGCAGAUCAAGCGGCAAUAAGAGCAGGUAUUGGGAAAUCUUCGUGGAGCAGAAUUAGGCAGCGUGCUCCACCAACAGAAGAUUUAUUACUUUAUGCAAUAGCAGCUUCGGUGUUGCAGAGAAGGAAAUUGAUCAUUGAGAAGUACAGCAGCAUGGAUGAGAUCAUUAAGGAAUGCAAUAGUAUGUCUGGUCAUCUUGAUGUUUGGAAACUGCUUGAUGAUGCACAUAACUUAGUGGUCAUCCUGCAUGACAAAGUAGAGACAUCAUUCUCAUGACUCCAAUAAACACUCUACUUUUCAUUGUUAUGGUAAAAAAAUUUAUCUUAGGCUGCCGGAUUUCUCCUCUGCAUCUAAAAUAAGCACUGGAGCUGCAAGAGCUUUUUGCAUACUACUCUGAGGUAUUUGCUUGAUUGUGUCGAUAACGGUGGCUAAUGUGUGGAUGGUUUCUUCAAAUGGGAAUGUUGUCUUUUUUUAUUC